CUACGCACAAGCUGGUGGGGUGUGGCUGGAGUGCAGCUCGUGCGCGCGCACGCAGGAGGCGGAGGCGCGUUCGUGCCUUGAAGUGUGAAAGUUGUAUCCGACUCCCGGAGAGCGCUCCGGCUGAGCGGCAUCAUGGACGACCUGGAUGCAUUGCUUGCUGACCUGGAAUCUACUACAUCUCAUAUUGCCAAGCGGCCUGUCUUCUUAUCCGAGGAGACCCCAUAUUCCUUUCCCAGUGGGUGCCAUACCUACCAAGAAAUUUCUGUGACAGCUGCACCCGCGAACGAGUCCCUCAAUGGAACAGUCCAUGCAGACCCUCUGGAUUCCUGGUCAAGCAGCUCCAAUAAAUAUUCACAUCAGCAGAAUUCCCUUCACGAUUCUUCAGCUCUGAAAGACAAUGUUAUAUCACCUUCCGCUGGAGAAGAGGAGCAUGUGUACAGUUUUCCCAAUAAGCAGCGAUCUGCAGAGCCAUCUCCCACUAUUAUAAGCACGUCUCUGGGCAGCAAUUUGUCAGAGUUGGACCGUCUACUCCUGGAAUUGAAUGCUGUGCAGCAAGGGCCGCCAAGUAGCAUAUCCUCAGAUGACCUGAGUAGAAACAUCUUACAGCCCGUGACUCCCCCUCUCACCAGCGUGCCAGGCAACUCUGCUAUAAUGAUUGGACAAGCCUCAAAGGAAAAGCCUAAGCGAAAUGGAGCACGGGGAAUAGAGGAUGUCCGUCCAAGUGUGGAAAGCCUUCUAGAUGAACUAGAGAGCUCUGUUCCCAGUCCAGUCCCGUCAAUCACUGUGCCUCAAGUAGAGAUAGGCAACCCUCAGAGAGUCAGCACCAACCAGCAGCAAACUCGAAUCUCUGCCUCUUCUGCCACACGUGAACUGGAUGAACUCAUGGCCUCACUUUCUGAUUUUAAGUUCAUGGCUCAAGGAAAGUCUGUGAAUAGCUCUCCUCCUUCCAGUGCCCCAAAGCCAGGCAGUCAGCUGGACAACAUGCUGGGUAGCCUGCAGUCUGAUCUUAACAAGCUGGGAGUGGCCACCGUGGCUAAGGGUGUUUGUGGAGCUUGCAAGAAGCCAAUUGCUGGUCAGGUUGUCACAGCUAUGGGAAGGACCUGGCAUCCUGAACACUUCGUAUGCACACACUGCCAAGAGGAAAUUGGAUCACGCAACUUCUUUGAGCGAGAUGGUCAGCCUUACUGUGAAAAAGACUAUCACAAUCUAUUCUCCCCUCGCUGUUUUUACUGUAAUGGGCCUAUACUGGAUAAAGUUGUGACCGCUUUAGACAGAACUUGGCAUCCUGAACAUUUCUUCUGUGCACAGUGUGGAGCAUUUUUUGGCCCAGAAGGUUUCCAUGAGAGGGAUGGUAAGGCCUAUUGUCGUAAGGAUUACUUUGACAUGUUUGCCCCCAAGUGUGGUGGAUGCACCCAUGCCAUCUUGGAGAAUUAUAUAUCUGCUCUGAACACGCUGUGGCACCCAGAGUGCUUUGUUUGCAGGGAAUGCUUUACUCCAUUUGUUAAUGGGAGCUUCUUUGAACACGACGGGCAGCCAUACUGUGAGGUUCAUUAUCAUGAGCGCCGUGGAUCGCUGUGUUCUGGCUGCCAAAAGCCCAUCACUGGCCGUUGUAUCACCGCUAUGGGGAAGAAGUUCCAUCCAGAGCACUUUGUCUGUGCCUUCUGCCUUAAGCAGCUUAACAAAGGAACCUUCAAGGAGCAGAAUGACAAGCCAUACUGCCAGAACUGCUUCGUCAAGCUCUUCUGUUAGAGUUCUGCACUGUGUUUAAACAUUUCACUUAUGAGGUUAUGAGCAGCUCAUACGGGCAGCUCAGGUGGUUAAUAGCUGGAUACCGAAGGGAAUGGAGCAUUGAAGGUAGAGAGUGGGAUUACAUACGCCUUUCGCUUCCACUUCAUUUUCUUAUAAGGUGCUGAUUUUCUGGGUGUCAGGCAUUUCAUCUUUCCUUGCUUCAAGGAGCACCCCCUCUUGUUUCACAAAGGUCUGCUCCUGAUGAGUAUUCAUGAAUCCCCAUUUCCCUGGGUUUGCAUAAUAUCAUUGACCACAUGGCAUGUUUACUUUGUGCUGUGGGUGAUGCAGCACUUAAGAGAGACAAUCUUCUAUGCAGCAGACGAAGGGUUGCUUGUGUGCGAGUGAGUGCGUGUGAAUGGUUUGUGAAGGAAUAGAAAGGAAUCUGCUGUAGGUUCCCUUGAGAUGAAA